CGACGACAGAUUGCGAAACAACAUCAACACAACACAUCGUUACCGCGAACCAGGCCCAGGAACGGUGCAAUUGCGAAGGCGGCUGCUAAACCAAACACCAGAGACACCAUGAACAGCAUCGGUGAAAACUGUACGCAGCUCAAGAAGGAUUACGACAACUGCUUCAACAACUGGUUUUCCGAUCGAUUUCUCAAAGGCGAUACGGACGAUUCGCUGUGUGCUCCACUGUUCAAAGUUUAUCAGCAGUGCGUAAAGGAAGCCAUGAAGCAGCACCAAAUCGAAUUUAAGGAAAUCGAAAACGAUUAUCUCGGCACAAAGGACGAGGAGCAGAAGCCACCACCGAAGGGCAGUUGAAGCGGAACUGUGUCCAUUCCUGUUUUCCCUGCUGGACGGCUCGAGAAUCAAUCACUGCCGCUGGUGUGUCGUCAACCUGAGUGGCUGCUAGUCAAAUAAGCAAGCGAAAAGUUCAAUUUUAGUUAAUUACGGUUUUAAAUCCCUGGUAGCGGUGCUACAGGCGACGAUGCCCAAAGUGAAUGUUGUGAUCGAAUCGUUUGGCUGAUCGCGCGGCUGGCGAUUGAUGUGUUUCGUUUUCUUGACAUCCCUCAUUCCUUGAAUUGUAUUAGCUUAGUAGGAAUGAAACCAAUCGAUAGCUCUAGCGCCAUACAGCCAUAGCUAUUCCGUCAAUCACAACUAGUUGCACGCCUGUUAAGCAUACAAAAGUGGGUUUUGUUAAAAAUAAAAUACUAACAUACGAA